AUGGCAAUUGAUCAAGACGCAAGAAUCGCCUUUAAUAUGCAAGCAAAACUUCAAACAAAUAUUGAUUGCGAUGUUGGAUAUACAGUAAAAGAUGAUCCCAUUAUAUCGUCCAUUGUGGAUACAGUUUAUCCGGAAGAUUGGAUUAG